UAGAUUCCGAUGGUCAAAAUCUCGAUUCGCAUCCGCCGAUGAGCUUCCGCCGAGCGAACGUAUAUCGAAUAAGCGAAUUAUCUGGACGGAACAAUCUUCAUUGACCUAUCAAAUAUAAUCUCUGUCAGUGAUAAAUCUUUCAUUGAAUAACGCAUGCGUUUCACAAACAACACGAAUAACGCGUUCUCCCGCCCGCCAGCCCGCCAUCCUCGUCUUCAUUCAGAGGCUCGAUGGCGUUCUCCACGACAUAUCGACGUUUUGUGCAAAAGUUGCGCGAGUUGCUAGUGCUCGUGAUGAUAACAUCUCUUUAAACGCACGCUAUCCGCUAUCGCGAUUGAACGGUGCUCCGGAUAUAUAACACUUUAGUGCACUUCGGAGAGCAGCGGCUCGUCGAUAUCCGAAAAAGCAAUAUCAUCGAAAAGAAAAUCUACGUGGGAGGCAUAUCAACGAAUUGACUAAGAAUAAAACGAUACGAAUGAUAUCGAAUCCGUAGCGUCGUAAUUAAAUCGACUAAAUACGUUCCCUCGUCCCACUUCUCCCGUGCGUCCCCGAAGCAAAUUAAAUCAAAUUCCAUCGUUCGCGAUUCGAUCCCCGACACGUCCUCGAGAUCGCAACGCAAAUUUACCGAAAGGCACCGAUGCUUCUGUUUUUAAGAUCGAAGAAAGUUUUGCGCUUUCCUGCGAAACACACCUCCAAAUUGAAUCCAUCGCCGAACUUUUCUUCUUAAAACAGAGGAAAAUCGGCUCGGCUCAAUGGGAGAGAAAGUUAUAAAUAGAAAACUUAUCGGGUAAAAUUUGAUAGAGCAUUUCCGCGAUUUCAAAACAAGAGGAACCAAGGAGCCCACAUUUGAAGGAAGACCGCGCGUCGCGUUUUUAGAAACUUCUUCACUUCUUUCGUGCCGAUUCACGGUGGUGACGUGUCGAUUUUAGCUCGAAACUCAAACUUUAUCUUUAAUCCAUCAGUUGCGAUCAAGAGAUGCGAGUUGGACGGUGAGAUUUCUUAAUCAGAGAGUUCUCCAACGUGAGGCAAAGUCGGUGAUUCAACACAAGAGAUCGGUGUAAAUCGCGCGCGUUAGAGUUAACGCACAGGACGAGGCUACGAAGAUGGGCAAGAAGAACAGCAAGCUCAAGCAGGAUACCAUCGAUCGACUCACCACCGACACGUACUUCACUGAAAAGGAGAUUCGUCAAUGGCACAAAGGAUUUUUGAAAGAUUGUCCCGAUGGACUGCUAACAGAACAGGGGUUCAUAAAGAUCUACAAGCAGUUCUUCCCGCAGGGUGACCCGUCAAAGUUCGCCUCCCUUGUCUUCAGAGUCUUCGACGAGAACGCCGAUGGUACGAUAGAGUUCGAGGAGUUCAUAAGAGCUCUCUCAGUGACGUCACGCGGCAACCUGGACGAAAAGCUUCACUGGGCCUUCCGUUUGUAUGACGUGGACAACGAUGGCUUCAUUACGAGGGACGAGAUGUACAAUAUAGUCGACGCGAUAUAUCAGAUGGUGGGACAGCAACCGCAAGCCGAGGAUGAGAACACCCCACAAAAGAGGGUCGACAAAAUCUUCGACCAGAUGGACAAGAACCACGACGACAAGCUCACCCUCGAAGAGUUUCGGGAGGGUAGCAAGGCCGAUCCCAGGAUCGUUCAGGCGUUAUCCCUGGGCGGCGAGUAACCCUAAUUUCCAUCAUAGGCGGCACGCAAUCUUCGAUAUCGGAAGUCUCUACGCCGUCAUCAUUAUCAUAAUUAUCGGCGCGAACUGAGUGAACUGCUCGUCCCGAUAAUCGGCCGAUGAAAAGCAACCCUGAGAAAA